AAUAUAAUUAAAAUAAUUUUCUUAAGUUAUUAUCUUUUUUGGGGUCGGUAAAUACACGUUUAUUUAUUUAUUUUAAAUUACAAGUUUUCUUCUAAUUUAUAAGGAUUAACAACGUAGUCAGAGUCUAAAUUAAAAUAGGAAAAGGAAGCGAUGAUGAGAUUACGUAUUUAUUUAGUUGAAAUUCCGUCUCCCUCAUAGCUUCUGAUUUCCCGCUCCCUUGUAUUUGUUUGUUCUGUCUUGUCUUGACUAGAGAGCUUCUGUGUAUGUUACUGGUCGGAGAUGGAGGGAUGGACGGAGCUUUGCGACGUGAUAGUAGAGAAUCCGAACAAAUUAUGGGAGAAUCUUAUUUGGAUUUGCCGAGAGUGUCCGCAACCUAAAACGGCGAGAGUUUCUCGGAGUCAACUCAACGCCGUCUUGUCCGUCGCUCGGAUUAUCUCCAGUAACGUGGACACAGCCGAAAACCAUGGAAAAUCCGUCGUCCUCGAUUUCUUCCAGACUUUAGACAAGUCCUUCCACCGUUCGUUCUGGCCCUACUCGUUCACGCUAAAGUCGAUUUCCGCCUUCUAUUGCAGUUUCCUAGGUUACGUUUCGUGUCUGUCACGGCAGUUCGGUACCAAAGUUUCAGAGCUUAGAUGGGAUGAGAUCAUGAGCUCCGGUGACAGCGACUUGGAUCCGGAAAUCUGUAGGGCUUUUCUGGUCGCUAUUUCUCAGAAUUUUCCGUCCAUUCAGCCGUCUGACGGUGACAGAUUGACGACUGCGAUUCUGCUCCAUCAAUUUACACAGAAAGAAGUGGCUUAUUUGGAGCACGACACCAUCGAGAGUUUGGAGCAGCAAGAGAUUGCUUUCAAACUGAUAACUCAUAUUUUGGGUAAAGUGAAUGUCGAUUCCAAGUUCCACCUUCACGUCAGAUCUAUUGCUAAGAAGCACCUCCAGUCCAUGCCUGCGUUUCUCAAACAAGAACCAGUUCUGAAAAGUAUAGUCAAUGCCAAAAUGUAUGUUUAUCAGGCCGCAGCUAAAAUGGAAAUCGAGAGCCUCUUGUCCCUUGAAACAGAUGGAAGGAAAAAAAUUGUCUUGGAGGCUCUUACAUUGCUAUUAGAUGCUGCUGAUGCCUGUUUGAAAUCCGUUUGGCGGAAGAUGAAGACAUGUGAAGAACUGUUCGGUUCUCUGCUUUCUGGGAUUGCCAAGCUUGCAGUGGCAACAGGAGGGCAGCCACUUCGUUUGUUUCUCUUCCGACUUAAACCAAUGGUACUGGCUGUCGUCUGUGUACAGUCGGUGAGAAAUCAGGGGAUUAUUUAUGAGAGUGUAUGUAAAUUGAGUUGUGAGAUUAUUGAAUCUGUUUGGGACAAGGAUCGAGCUUUACUGGACACCUUCAUCCUGGGGUUAGCUUCAAUUAUUCGUGAAAAGAAUGACUACGAAGACCAGGUUGGUAGAGAGAAGGAAGUUCCUCCUGUACAGCUGCUUGCUGAUAUUUGCGUUGCUGUUAAAAAGUCAGAAGUAGCGGACAUGAUUUUCCCAUUUUUAAUUGAAAGCCUAGAAGAGGGUGAUGCUUCAACUCCCCUCUCUUUGCAACUCCAACUUCUUGAUGCUGUAUCUCGGAUAGCAACAUUAGGGGUUGAGACGUCCUACCGUCAGACAGUAGCUCUGAUGAUUAGAGGUUACUAUAGCCAAAUAUCGACAGGGGGAUCUGUGGAAAGGAAAACAUCAGCACCAAAAUCUCGAACUGAGUACGUAGAGACUCUUGCUGCAGGCUUUCUUACAAUUGCUAGUGGUCUUAUGAACACAAAACUGCGUGCAGACUAUCUCCAUCGUCUGCUUUCCUUAUGUUCAGAUGUAGGCCUGACUUCUGAGUCCAGGAGUAAAGGGAACGGUGCAGACCUUUUAGGUCCUCUUCUUCCUGCUGUUGCGGAAAUAUGUUCGGAUGUAGAUCCUACUUCAAAUGUGGAACCGUCACUUUUGAAACUGUUUCGCAAUCUAUGGUUCUAUAUAGCCCUUUUUGGCUUAGCACCUCCUAUUCUAAAACCUCGACCUGUAGGAGGGCCUUACAUGUGGAACACUCAGUGGUCUCUUGCUGUUCAGAGGAUUUCUCAAGGCACUCCUCCCCUUGUCGUCAGUUCUGUAAAAUGGCUUGAAGACGAACUAGAGCUCAAUGCGCUUCAUAAUUCUGAUAGUUCCCGAGGAACUGGCAAUAAGAUAGUAGCUUCAACCCAAAGAAAUGCUCUUUCAAUUGCCUUGGGUGGUCAAGUUGACGUUUCAACAAUGAACACUAUCUCAGGGGUGAACGCUACCUAUCUACUUGCAGUAGCCCUUUUGGAGAUCAUACGUUUUACUAGCAAUGGGGGUAUCCUUAAUGGAGGCUUAAGUGUGUCUGACUCUCGAAGUGCCUUCAGUUGCGUCUUUGAAUACCUCAAACCUCCAAAUCUCUCUCCUGCUGUUUCCCAGUGUUUGACAGCAAUUGUGCAUAGAGCCUUUGAAGCAGCAGUGUCAUGGCUGGAAGAUCGGAUAUCUCUCACUGGGAAAGAUGCUAGUAUUAAGGAAUCGACUAUGUACGCACAUGCAUGCUUCCUCAUAAAGAAUAUGUCACAGAGAGAUGAACACAUACGACAUAUCUCAGUGAACCUGUUGAUUCAGAUCAGGGACAAGUUUCCCCAGGUCCUCUGGAGCUCCUCUUGUCUGGAUAGUUUGCUAUUCUCUGUUCCCCACAAUACACCUUCAGUGGCUGCGAACGAUCCUGCUUGGACUGCUGCCGUUAGAUCUUUAUACCAGAAAGUUGUUCGAGAAUGGAUCAUAAUAUCACUUUCAUAUGCUCCAUGCACUAGUCAGGGUUUGCUUCAGGAUAAACUGUGUAAGGCAAACACACUGCAGCGAACACAGACUACAACUGAUGUGGUUUCUCUUCUAACUGAGAUAAAGGUUGGAACUGAAAUUUGGUCUGGAAUAAAAACAGCAAAUAUUCCAGCUGUGAUGGCUGCAGCAGUUUCAGCGUCUGGGGCAAAAUUAAAAGCUUCUGAAGCCUUUAACUUGGACAUACUUGGUACUAGUGUAGUUAAUGCAAUGUUAAAGUGCAACCAUAUCGGACACAUUGCUGGCUUGGUAAGAUUGGAUAACAGUUUUGGCAAUGACACGUUGAUUUCUAAUUCAGUUCGGCGCCUUCAACAAUUUGUUAAUACUGCUGAGAAAGGAGGAGAGGUGGACAAAUUGCAAUUUCGAGAAACUUGUUCUCAUGCAACUUCAUUACUUUUGUCAAAUCUGCAGGCUGGUGAGCCCAAAACAGAUAUCAAGGCCGGCUUUUCUCGUUUACUGCGUCUCCUUUGUUGGUGCCCAGCUUAUAUAUUAACUUCAGAUGCUAUGGAAACUGGAGUAUUCAUUUGGACCUGGUUGGUUUCCGCAGCUCCACAACUGGGAUCUAUUGUCCUUUCCGAACUUGUCGAUGCAUGGACAUGGACAAUUGACUCAAAACGAGGACUGUUUGCAUCUGAUGUGCGAUACUAUGGCCCAGCUGCAAAAUUAAGGCCCCAGAUUUCCCCUGGAGAACCAGAAGGUCCACCUGAUAGUGACCCUGUUGAUCAAAUAGUCGCUCACAGACUAUGGCUUGGAUUUUUGAUAGAUCGCUUUGAGGUUGUUCGACAUAAUAGCGUGGAGCAACUCUUGCUGUUUGGUCGGUUGUUUCAACGGAGUACAAAUCUUGACUGGUGCUUUACCCACCACCCGGCAGCAGCUGGUACUUUUUUUUCCUUGAUGCUCCUUGGACUGAAGUUCUGCUCAUGCCAAAGAAAAGGCAGUAUGCAUAAAUUUAGACGUGGACUUGAACUGUUGGAAGAUCGAAUCUACAGGACUUCUUUAGGCUGGUUUUCUCGUCAGCCAGAGUGGUACGAUGUAGGCAUUCCGAAUUUUUGUCAGAGUGAGGCUCAAUCUGUUUCAAUUUUUGCUCAGUUUUUGUUAAACGAGCGAUCAGAUUUUAGCCAAUUUGAUUCCAAAGGAAGAGCUCAUGAAAACGGGCAAUUAACUGAAUUGAUGGAUCAUCAUCAUCAUCAUCAUCCUGUCUGGGGUAAAAUGGACAGCUAUGCAGUGGGAAAGGAGAAGAGGAAGCAACUGCUUCUGAUUCUUUGCCAACAUGAAUCUGAUAGGCUUGAUGUUUGGGCACAACCUAUUAGUUCAAAGAACAGUCCAUAUUCACGGCUAAAAAUAAGCUCUGGGAAAUGGACUGAACAUGCUAAAACUGCCUUUUCAGUGGAUCCAAGGAUUGCUCUAUCAUUAGCUUCAAGAUUUCCAGCAAAUAUUGCUGUGAAAUCCCAAGUCACUCAGCUAGUUCAGGCUCAUAUAGUAGAUCUUCGUACAAUUCCUGAGGCGUUGCCAUAUUUUGUCACACCUAAAAGCGUUGAAGAGAACUCAGUGCUGUUGCGACAGCUGCCUCAUUGGGCUGCUUGUUCAAUUACACAGGCUCUUGAGUUCCUCACUCCUACUUAUAAGGGACAUCCUCGUGUCAUGGCAUAUGUCCUGCGAGUUUUAGAGUCCUACCCCCCUGAGCGAGUCACUUUCUUCAUGCCACAGUUAGUGCAGUCUCUGCGCUAUGAUGAAGGGAGGCUGGUUGAAGGGUAUCUUCUUAGAGCUACCCAAAGAAGUGACAUAUUUGCUCAUAUCCUCACGUGGCAUUUGCAGGGUGAGUCUGUUCAGGAAACUGUGAAAGAUGGUGCUUUCGAUAAGAAUACAUCAUUCCAAGCAAUCUUGUCAGAGGUUCGACAGCAUAUCAUUGAUGGUUUUAGUCCAAAGGCCUUGGACAUGUUCAAAAGAGAGUUUGACUUCUUUGAAAAGGUUACAUCUAUUUCUGGGGCAUUGUUUCCUCUUCCAAAGGAAGAACGAAGAGCUGGUAUCAGGAGGGAGUUGGAGAAAAUCAAAAUGCAAGGAGAAGACCUUUAUUUGCCUACGGCUCCUAACAAGCUUGUUAAGGGUAUCCAGAUAGACAGUGGCAUAACCCUUCAAUCAGCUGCCAAAGUCCCUAUCAUGAUAACCUUUAACGUUGUUGAUCGUGAUGGUAACCAGAAUGAUGCGAAACCACAGGCUUGUAUUUUCAAGGUUGGAGAUGAUUGCCGUCAAGAUGUUCUUGCCCUUCAAGUGAUAUCUCUUCUUAGAGACAUAUUUCAAGCGGUUGGUCUUAAUCUUUAUCUUUUUCCUUAUGGAGUACUUCCAACUGGGGCAGGGAGGGGGAUAAUCGAGGUAGUGCCAAAUACACGAAGCAGAAGUCAAAUGGGUGAAUCAACCGAUGGUGGCUUGUAUGAGAUCUUUCAAGAGGAGUUUGGACCCGUUGGCUCACCCUCCUUUGAAACGGCAAGGGGUAACUUCCUCACCAGCAGUGCUGGUUACGCGGUGGCGAGUCUUUUACUCCAGUCCAAAGACAGACACAACGGCAAUCUCCUCUACGACAACAUGGGAAGGCUUGUUCACAUUGAUUUUGGUUUCAUUUUUGAAACCUCCCCUGGUGGAAACAUGCGUUUUGAGAGCGCACAUUUCAAACUGAGCCACGAAAUGACACAGUUGCUUGAUCCAUCAGGGAAUAUGAAGAGCGAAUCUUGGCAUCAGUUUGUGAGCUUGUGCGUGAAGGGUUACUUGGCUGCUCGCCGGUACAUGGAGGGGAUCAUCAGUACAGUGGAAAUGAUGGUGGAAAGUGGAUUGCCUUGCUUCAGCAGAGGAGAUCCAAUUGAGAAACUUCGCAAGAGAUUUCAUCCCGAGAUGAGUGAGCGUGAAGCCGCACACUUCAUGAUCCAUGUCUGUACCGAUGCCUACAACAAAUGGACCACGUAUGGGUACGACUUGAUACAGUAUCUGCAACAAGGCAUCGAGAAAUAAACGCGAGAGAUGUUACAUAUAAUGUUGUUGCUACUUGAUCAAAAAAAGUGUAUAUCGUUGAUCAUUUUCCAUGUCAUAUCUAAUUUGUUUUUUUUUUUUUUUUUUUUUUAAGGGUAUGCAAUUUUAUAAAUUUAGGCCCAAGAGGGCUAUUUCCGGAUUUAGGCCCAUUCUAAAUCCCUAAGGCCCAACCCAUUUACAUCAAAACCAACUCAACCAUUUGGAAAACAAAACCGGCCGGGUUCACAAACCGAACUAAACCGGCCAGUGAAACCCUAAUCUACAAACUUAAAACAAGUUGUAGCCGUCGCCCACAGACUGCAGAUUCUCGCCGGAACAGGACCUCCGGUGAGCCAGGGCGACGCUAGCCGAACGGAGAUGGUGAUCCAAGAUCCGUUGCCAACCCGCCACCGUAGAACUGUUUUGAGAAGGAGGAAGAGAACCGAGUUUUUCUAUAUCGAAGAGAUUUCUUGGUCAGUCAUGAGUAAGAAAAGCAGUAGGGAGUAGACAAGGAGACCUUCGACGGUGGUUUGGCUCCGCCGGAUCGGAGACUACCUCCCCCAUCGAAACCGAUCCCGAGAAACUUCCAGAAUCUCCAGUCUCCAGAUCUAACCACUUUCCUCUCUCGCUCCUCACCGUGAAAUCUCCCUCUUCCACUCUACAUCGCUACACCGCCGGUAGAGCUCAUACCAUUGAUGUCGUGCAGAUUCUUCUCCCCUCCACUGCCCCCUUGAUUUUGAUCUGAUGGCUUUGCUGAGAAGAUGUAAUAGGUCACGGAUGAAGAACCAUGAGCCGAAGGGUCCUCAUCGUCACCGGAAUUGACGGAGAACCCGCCGUCGGUGCACGAGGUUGUGAUCAGAAGAAGAAGAUGAGCUUGAGAGAGAAAUCGCCGCGAGUAAGAUCCACGCGCGAUACUCUCUCUAUGGUUAUUAAUUUGUCUAUUUUUUAUCUAAUAUUAUUGAGAAAUAUGAAAUAAAUAUUUAAUCUAACUUAAUUGGAAAAUGAACUAAUAAAAUCUGGUUGUCGGUUAAA